AUGGAGCUCGAAUCCGCCAUCCCCGAAUGGCUUCAAACGGACCGCACAGUUCCAGCCAAGACGCCCCCAAACUUCUCGCCCCCCUUCGAGCUAUACACGUCGCGGUUCCCGAAGCACAUCAAAGACGUCGUCAUGGCCGUCAUAGGCGCCCAGUACCCAUCUGCGGAGGCAAACGACGGCACAGCCCUCGCGACGAUAUCCGCCUUCGUCACCGCGGACGCCGUCGGCCCGAGCUUGCGCCCCGCGUUCCACGAAGUCGCCGCCGUGACGGACAACCGCGGCUUCCACAACGUCGCCGUCUUGGCGUACUGGCCCAGCAGGCCGUCCUACGACGGCUGGCGUGCGAAGAGCGGCUUCGGCCAGUGGUGGGCCGGGCUGGGGCCGGGAGAGGAGAGCCCGCGGAACGGAUGGUUUCUCGAGGUGUUUCUCCCGACCGUCGACCGUUUCGAGACGGUGUUCUCUACGGCAACCCCGGAAGGUGCGGCGCAUAUGCGGGAGAGUUCGAGUGGUCCGAUCCGAGAGCACGUGUACUGGGGAAGCAUGCGGGAUCGGCUCCCCAUUUCUCAAACGGAUGAGCUCCUUGGCGAGGAGACACAAAAGCCCCGCGACGAUGCACCGUCAAAUGGUGACACUGGCCCGAGGCAACGGGUCCGCGUGCCCGGCAGGAAGAACCUCGCCGUGAUCCGGUCCGGGCAGGACUGGUCGGCCGCACCGCCCGAGGAACGCCAGCUCUACCUCGACUCGAUGCAGCCGCCGCUGGUCAAGGGGAUGGAGUACCUCCGCGACCACGGCGACGAGGUCGGCUGCUUCAGCUGCCGGUUCAUGGAGAUUGUCGACGGCCCCGCGCCGGCGAUGGAGGCGGAGGCAGAGGCAGAGGCAGAGGCGGCCGGCGACGGCGGCAGCGGGACGGACCGGACGUUCGGGCUGGCGUACUUUGACAACCUCGCGUCUCUGGAGAGCUGGAGCCGGGGCCACCGGACGCAUCUCGCCAUCUUUGGCGAGUUCGCAAGGUAUGCCAAGAGGCUCGGGGACAGGAUGGGCCUGAGGCUGUUUCACGAGGUGCUGGUGCUCGAAGCUGAGCAACAGGUCUUUGAGUACGUUGGCUGUCAUCCGGGGACGGGGAUGUUGAGGUCGCUGUGA